GCCUUCAUAGGAGUCAGGUUUGCCGUUCGCUUUCUCAUCACCGCACCCCUGCUUGUCUUCGCCGUACUCAGAACGAAUACGCUUGCUGAAUGGUCGAAAGUGUUCAUGUUCUCAGCAGCGGUGAUCGCCAUCUCGUCGGUUAUCUUCGCCAUUUUUGGUCGUGGACGCGCCUCGACCUGGGCAGCAGCAUCGUGGGAUCCAUUGAUGUCGACCAAGAUGAGGAAUCUGCAGCCGAUCGACUUUAGCCAGGACGAAUGCGGUCUUUACGAGCUGCGUUUGAUCGACCCGAACAAAAAGUAG